ACACCCUCCCCAGUAACUUCACAACGCACAGUCAGAAUACCAUAUAUAGAAACAGACUAUAGAUGGCUAUUUCCCUUGCAGACACAAAAGGAAAAAGGUAGCAUCAUCUCCCCGUUCGCUGCAAUCUUUGAAGAAAAUGCCAAUGGAGGUAUUACAAGUCUUUAAAUACCAAGACCAUUCCAGAAGGAAACCCUUCAAUGACAAUUAAGUGAACACUGUGACACGAGACUCCCAGCGUUCAUGAAUUGAUCGUGAUGUGGUCACUAGCUGUGGAACAACAGGUGUGCUAGGCAGAGCUACACCAAACAAGAAGUCUAAGAUGGUUGUCACGUUUCCAACAGUCGCAGACAAAUCUGCCCAAUGACUUCACUGGUACAGGAGGCAACAAUCUCCCGCACUAAUGUAGCGUGUUAACGACAGCGGCAGUCUACGUACAUGGUGUUGACAGACUGAAGUCUAUGUUCAUGUGAUGUGCAAAUGUUUAGAAAAAUGGAUACCACACAGACUUGAUCAGCAGACAGGCAGAACCUCACUGACGAAUGCAUGAUUUGUCCGAAUGAGGUGGAGAUAUACAAAACACUGUAACCACAACAAUGUCCAACUCCACCACAGAGAUAUCAACUCCCAUGUCAAUUAAUGACACAACAUUGACAUUCAUCAAUCAAACAACCCUGGCCCUUCUGAACUUGACUGAUGCAACAAGCCGGAUCGUUGUCAAGGACCACCCAAGUCCAUUCGGGAAGUGCUACACAUGGGAGGAUGCCCAACACACAGUGUUCCAGUUGGCCAAUUUGUGCAUGGCCAUCUCAUUUCUGACUCCAAGCAGCUUCCAGUAUCAUGUGUUCUUCCUCCGAUGUCUUCUCCUUGUGGGCUUCGUGUUCUUCCUCCUCUGGGCAGGGCUGUUUGUGUGCAUGAUAGAUAUCCUUGUAUGGAAUGCCAUCUUUGUGGCAGUCAACCUCGGACAUAUCGGAUAUUUGACAUACGUGAACUUUCCUGUGAAAAUGCAUGAUCAGAUGGAAGACAUUUAUUCAAAACUGUUCCGGCCUCUGAAAAUGUCGAGGCAAGAGUUUGCUCUGAUAUGUAAAUUAGGUACAAUGAUGACGGUACCAAAAGGUAGCAUAUACGCAGUGGAGGGAAUUUCUCACAUCGGGGAUAAAGUCUCCAUAUUAGUCAAAGGAAAGUUGAAAGUCACCUAUGGGAGAUUCUACCUGCACCACAUUGAGAUGAAUGAGUUUGUAGAUUCACCAGAAUGUGAUUCGGCUGUCCCAUAUGUAGAGACAGAUGAAAAAUACCAGGUAACAAUAUCAGCAUCAGAAGAGAGUCGCAUCCUAACCUGGCACUACCCCACCCUGCAGGAGUACCUUGACAAGGACACCUACCUAGCCACAGCAUUCCACUACAUCUUGGGCAAGGACAUCAGCCACAAGCUGUACCAGAUCCAGGAGCUCCUGCUCUCCAACCCUGACUACAUGAGGACAUUGGCCAGUAGGCAGUCCUCCAUGGUCAACUUGAGGAACAGCCUGGUCACACAAGACUCCUGCCUUAGCCUCACCAAGCUCAACAACAUUCAUAUGAGUGGGGGCCUCACCAUUGCUUCCGUAGGAGCUGCUUUGAAAGCAAAGAAGGCUGAAAGGCAAGACACCAUUGAAACCAGCGUUUGACAGUAACUCAUACUCAUGUAACCCCUAUACAUCUGUAGAUGAUUUGGGAUGUCACUGAAAUCAAAGUGUCAUUGUCAUAAGUGUAGAUACAUGAUAUUGUUAAUGCAGGUGGCAUUCCUCAGUCAACUAAUCGAUACCUUGACAGACAUGCCAGUGUCUUGAGUAUGUGCCUGUAUUUGACAUCAAACAACUGACUGUAUCACAGACAUGCUAUCAAACAUAGACAAUGAGACAUUGACAGCUGUGGUUGACAAUUGUGCAGACACUUAAACAAUGACAUGUGUUUGACAGUAAUUAACUGAUUAACAGAUGUAUGGACAUUAAUAUCAGUGUUUGACAGGUGGCCAAUACCCACAUUUCAGUUUGGUGGACAGGAUUACAGGGACUGUGUGUCAUUUGAGGAUCUACAGACAUUAACAUAAGUGGUUUGGCAAAUGAAUGAUCAAUAUUGUAGCUGAGCUGACACUUGCAUAAAAAGGCCUGUGUUUGACAGUCAUACUUUGAUGUCAAUGUAUAGCAGUCAUCUAAUCCUUUAGCUGACACUGACAAUAUAUGUGUUCAUGAUAUCCAUAGAUUGAUAGACAUUGAUAUUUGACAGAUAACUAUCGAAGAUGAUGACAUUGACCAGAAGUGAUUGCAAGUAGUUUCAACAGAUCAUCCAUUGACAUCGUUGUUUGACAGACAAUUAUCGAAGAUGUUGACAUUGACCAGAAAUGAUUGCGAUUACUUUCGACGCAUCAUUCAUUGCCAAUGACGUUUGACAGACAUCCAUCGAAGAUGUUGACUUUGACAAGAAGUGGUUUUAGGUUGUUGGGACAGAUAUACAGACUGACAUUGGUGUUUGACAGACAACUAGUGAAGGUGUUGGCAUUGACCAGAUAUUGAUGUGGACAGACAACUAGUUAAGAUGUUGGCAUUGGCCAGACAUUGACACUGAUGUUUGACAGACAACUAGUGAAGGUGUUGGCAUUGGACAGACAUUGAUGUUUGACAGACAACAAGUGAUGGUGUUGGCAUUGACCAGACAUUGAUAUUGACAGACAACUUGUGAAGAUGUUGGCAUUGGCCAGACAUUGACAUUGAUGUUUGACAGACAACUAGUGAAGGUGUUGGCAUUGGACAGACAUUGACGUGUGACAGACAACUAGUGAAGGUGUUAAUUGGCAUUGACCAGAAAUUGAUAUUUGACAGACAACUAGUGAAGGUGUUAGCAUUGACCAGACAUUGACAUUGAUGUUUGACAGACAACCAAAGACCAUGUAGACAUUGAUAAGAACUGGUUGCCUGUAAUGUUUGACGGACACUGAAAUCAGUGUUUAACAGUCAAUAACACACAGAGUGUGAUAUCAGGACAAAUAUUUUUGACAAGGCAAGCACCUUUUUCUACCACGUGAGAGUUCUCAAAUCCUCCAGAAGGUGUCUUUGUAACGGCCAUAUUUGAAUGUCAGUGUAUGUAAGCAUCAAUCAUACUGAAAGGAUACAUAUCCUUGUUAUGCAGACACAUGCAUCCAGUAGUUGAUCUAUAUCAAUUAUGAAUAAAGCAUGGAACUUUG